UGGUCCGAGAGUUUAGUUAACUAUUGUGAAUCAUGGAGGACUGCGAAAUUAUUGGCAUUCUAAUCGAGUUUAUAGGGGAAAUCAUAUUUGGUUCGGAUAAUUCGUAUAAUGAUUAUUCAGAAUCAGUUGAAGAUGAUUAAGUGCUCAACGAAACCAUUUGGCAUCCAACCAAGCAUUAACAAAAUAAUAUAUUAAUUAAAUUACCACAAAAAGAAAGACAAAACAAUUUACAAACUAUAAAAACCCCCCGAAAACUCAAAAAUCGGUUUCAUAAAAUGGAUUGCUGGGCUUUGGUGGAGGCUUUGUUGGGUUUCUUCAACGAUAUGUUCUUCUCGGAUAUCACUGAUGCACAGUACUUUGGCGAUUAUUAUUAUGAUGAAGAUUAUCAAUAAUAAUAAUAGCAAUUAUCAAUAAUAAAUAUAAUAAUAAUAAAGUGUAGAAAUCAUGAAUGCAAGUUAUUAAUACAAAUAAAAACAGUUCUGAGCACAUUUACCCUUAAAAAGCAUUUCCACUGACCCAAAUCACGCGCAUCGAUAAAUUGAGGAUUCGUGCGUUUGAUUAGAAUGAAAUUACCGAGUUUUUGUCACGGCUCAUUAAAUGGUCGACAGACGAUAAAGAAUCCAAACCGCAAAAUGGGCGUCAUUUAGUCACAAAACGUUAAACACGCCAGCAGCAACAGCAAAAGCAACACACAUAAAUUAAGCAUGUUCUGGGAUCUAUUGGGUGGCAUUUUCGACUUCAUAAUGGGACUGAUAUUUCCAAGUUCCGGUGACGAUGAGCCGGACUCCUCGGAGGUGGAAACAAAUCCUUGAGAUGAGCGCAUCUUUGAAUUGUGUUGUGUGCAUUUCGCAUAAUAUAUAUUUCGUUUUAAUUCAAAAAACAGCAGUGCUUAAUUAUAGUCUAUUAAUUCGGAGUAUAUACCAUGCAUAUAUAUAAUUAUAUAUAUAAGUGGCUUUAUUACUUCUCCAAAUAACUAAAAA